UAUACCAGAGGAUAAAUUAAUUGUUUUAAAGAAACAAUUAGUAGAAGAUUGCUUAAAAUCUAGGGUAUCCUCAGGACGCUAAUAGAAAGCGAGCAAUUGCUACUACCACAAGAACUGGACCGGGGAUUUUGAUGCAAAGGACAAAACGUUUGUUUAGUAAAGGGAUCAUUCACAAUCCAAAGAUGGUGACCCAAUCGCAGUUUAGCCAAAUCCAGUUUCAGGCGGUAUUGAACAAUUUUUCGAUGCUGUAUAAUGUCUUGAAGGCUGUUAGCUUUGCCGAUAAUGCAAUGGUGUACCUCAGUAACGACGGCAUCCAGGUAACGGUAGAGGAUGCCAAAAGCAUACAAGCAUCAGCAUACAUUACACGAGCCUGUUUCUCCGAAUUCAAAUUAAAUCCUCGUGGCAAUGCACAAGCUAUGGAUGGUGGCUCAAAUGAGCUGAAUAUUCCAUUCGGAUUGAACUUGAAAGUGUUCACAGACUGCUUGAGUAUGUUCAUUUCCGGGGAUUAUAAUUCGAGUCUUAAAAUGCUUCAAAAGGGAAGUGGAGCCCCUUUGAUUGUCAUCCUGGAGCAGAAUGGUGAUGAUAAUCUGAUUACGGAGUGCUCAGUGCGCACCAUGGACCCGUUCGACUGCAUGGAGCUCGACGUUGACGAUGAGCAACAGAUCGUCAGCAAGAUCAACAUCAAGGGGAUGGAUUUCUUCCUAUUGCUCAGUGAAAUGGAUCGCAAUUGCGACGAUAUCGAAAUAAUCAUAUCCCCCGACGCUCCACACCUCAAAUUUCAGACUUUCGGGGAGUUACAUUCGGAGGCCUGUGUAGAAAUCACAAAUAGUAGUGAUAUGCUCGUGACAUUCAACUGCACCGAGGCAAGCCGUAAUCGGUACAAAUUUCAACACCUUAAGCUGGCUAUGCGCACGCUAGCCUUGUCGUCGAAAGUAGCACUACGGACGAACAAUGAGGGUUUGCUUGAGCUGCAGGUCAUGAUCGAUAACAACGAUAGUUCUCACAUUUUUGUAAAGUACUUUAUUCUACCGCUGGUAUAUGAUGCUGAUAUGACUACAUUAAAUUAAAAGUAGUUUCUCAUCGAAAUAGAUUGAGGCUCUUGCUUCCAAAGAAGACAAAUAAAAAUAUAAAUCGUGCGAAGUUAAAAUUUUGGAAAUAUGGCCGGAAAUGUUUCCUUUGAUCGUUGAAAAGGUGGCGAAAUGUUAUUUUCAACGAAGUUUCUUGAAAAGCCCUUUUAUUUCAAAUUGUAACCAAGGUUGAAACACUACCUGCUAAACUAACCUUGGUCAUAAUGAAAAUAAGGACUUUCGGGCAACACUGCUGUCAAUUUCGAUCGUCGGAAGUUUUUUUUUAGUGAUGGGGAAACUAAAUCCCUACAGGGAUUCGAAUCUUUCGAUUCAAAUCCAUUCUAAGAUCCGGAUCUACGAACCCGAAUCCCAAUCCGUCAUAUCAUAUCGCUCAUCU